AUGGCUCUCGAGACCGGCGAGCCGCCGAAACUGUAUGGCGUCAACUUCCAGCCGCCGGCACCGUUCGACUUCGCGAAUCCGCCAACGUGGGCGACAUGGCUCAGCCGCUACGAAGACUACGCAGCGGUCUCAGGACUGACGCAAGCGUCGGAAGACAUGCAGGUACGCUCGCUACUGUACUGCAUGGGCCCGGAGGCCCGCCCGCUUCUCGAGACUUCCUCGCUCGACGCCCAGUCGCUCGCUUCAUACCAAGCCCUUGCCACCCGCUUCACUGAGCACUUCAUGCACCGACGUGUUCAGCUGCCCAACGAAAGCGUCGACACGUACUACGCAGCACUGCGCAGGAUGGUUAAGCGCUGUAACUAUCCGUCUGCUGCUGUCGAGGAAAGGCUCGUACGCGACCGGUUCGUCGUCGGCCUCCGCGACUCCCGUCUCUCGGACCAGCUGUGCCGGAACGCGAAGUUGACACUACAGGACGCCUGGACACAAGCCCGUCAAUCCGAAAACGCCGACAGGGAAAAGGCGUUGCCCCAGAACCGCAACGAGCACUCCCGUGAGCUCAACCUCGACGCCGCAAACGCUGACAAGUUCCCCUCUCGUCGUCGCUCCGGCGCUAAGCCUCGUUCGCCACAGCCGCAAGCAGAGCGCUCACGCGAGCCGUCCACAUGCGAAUUCUGCGGCCGCGCGCCUCAUCGACGCCCGGCCCGACGCUCCGCCUGCAACUUCUGCAAUAAGAAAGGCCACUUUGCCGAAGUAUGCCGCUCACGGAAGUUCAAGCAGUACAAGCUCAGCUCCGUUCACCUGCACGCCGUCGCGACGCCCGCCUCGGCAAAGUUCGUCGACGUCACCGUUGACGACUACACGGCGCAGUUCAAGGUCGACUCCGGAGCCGAAGUAUCUGCUGUUCCCAGCGACUUUCCUACCUUGCCUGCCAAACUCGACCAAGUCGACACUCUGCUCACUGGCCCGGGAGGACAGCCACUGCGCGUGCUGGGCUCGUAUGUGUCUCUCACUGUGCCUCUUCUGGGACUGCCUGCGCUCCAAGCCCUCCAAGUAGUUCGGUUUCUUGAUCAACUCAAGACUUCAAAAGCGACGCUGCACGCCGAGCUCUUCAAUGGAUUGGGCACCCUCAAGGAUGAAUACAACAUCCGGUUGAAACCCGAUGCCGUACCUUUCUCGCUAAGCGUACCUCGCAGGAUCCCCAUCCCGCUGCUCGAGAUCGUCCGCCGCGAGCUGGACAAAUUGGAAAGCGCAGGCGUGAUCUGCAGGGUCGACAAGCCAACACCAUGGUGCUCGGGUCUCGUCGUCGUCCGGAAAGGCGAUGGUUCCUACCGCCUCUGCGUCGACUUAACACAACUCAACAAGGUCGUCCUUCGUGAAAGACAUAUUCUGCCAACUGUCGAGCAAGUCCUUGGCCUCCUCGGUGAUGCAACAGUUUUUUCGAAGCUGGACGCGACCGCAAGCUUCCACCAGGUGAAGCUCUCUGAAGACUCCCAAGAGCUUACGACAUUCAUCACCCCAUGUGGCCGAUACUGCUUCUGCCGGCUCCCCUUUGGCAUCACCUCCGCACCAGAGUACUUCCAAAAGCAGAUGGAACAUGACGCCAGACUGAGCCAGGUGCUAUCUCGCCUUGCAAAAGCAGGUAUCACAUUGAACCAGGACAAGUGUCGUUUUGGGGUACCCGAAGUCUCCUUCCUCGGAGUUGUCGUCUCAGCACAGGGCAUCAGGCCAGAUCCGGGCAAGGUCGAAGCAUUCAAAGCCAUGGAAGCUGCAACGGACGUUGCUGGCGUUAGAAGACUGCUCGGAAUGGUGAACCAUCUUGCCAGGUUCUUGCCACACAUCUCGGACGUCACAGCUCCCAUCAGAGCCUUACUGAACAAGUCUGCGAGUUGGGUGUGGCAGCAUGAGCAAAAGGCAGCAUUCGAGAAAAUCAAGGAACUCUUGACGUCAGACAGGUGCAUGGCCAAGUACCACCCGUCUUUUGCUACAGACGCAACCCUCAGGAGAGCGCCGCCCAGUCGCGUUCGCUUCGAGGUCAAUGACAGAUACCGAGCGCGUUACAGCCAGACUGAAAAAGAAGCUUUGGCAACGACGCGGGCUAUCCAAAGGUUCGACGAGUUCGUCCGUGGCAUACCCUUCUACGUCGAGAGUGACCACCUGCCACUGGUUUCGCUUCUCGGCAAGAUGGAGCUGAACAUGUUGCCGCCUCGUAUUCAGAGACUACGGCUGAAGACCAUGCGAUACCAGUUCCGUAUGCUGCACGUGCCAGGAAAGCUGCUAGCCACAGCUGAUACGUUGUCGCGCAUCACCUACAAGCCACCCACUCCUCUAGACACUAUCGAACUUUUUGCAGCACAGGUAGUCGGCUGCAUGUCGGAAGUCUCGCCACUCAGCCCUAAAGACGUGGGACAGGCACAAGAGUUUGAUGACGAGCUCUCUGUCUGCGACGGAGUUCUGCUGAAAGGCGCCCGGAUAGUCAUCCCAUCGUCCCUUCGGCCAGCGGUCUUGACGCUGUUCCAUGAAGGUCAUCAGGGCAUCAACAGGACCAAAGCCCUAGCUCGGAAGUCAGUUUGGUGGCCCGGUAUCUCGACAGACAUCGCCUCUCUCGUUGCCAACUGUGAACAGUGCGCUUCCACCCGCGUGAACUUUGCCGAGCCCCUGCUCUCCACGGCCCUACCUGGACAUCCCUGGGAGUUCCUUGGAAUGGACUUGUUCAACCUCAACGGCCAGACGUUCAUCCUGGUGGUAGACUAUUACUCAAGGUUCCCUGAGGUGGUGACCCUGAGGAUCACGACGGCUCAGGCAGUCAUUGACGCUCUCAAAUCCAUCUUUGCCCGCCAUGGAAUCCGGCAAGAAGUCAGGUCAGACAACGGCCCACCGUUCUCGUCGCAAGAGUUCGCGGCAUUUGCAGCGUCAUACGGCUUUAACCACAGGACCAGCAGUCCACACUACGCUCAAUCGAACGGAGAGGUGGAGAGGAUGGUGCGUACUAUCAAGGACCUGUUUCGCAAGUCAAAGGAUCCUUAUCAGGCUCUGCUCAGCUAUAGGGACACUCCAGGAGUCAACGGCUUUAGUCCAGCCCAGCUGUUGAUGGGACGUCAACUCGGAACCAGAGUCCCAAAGCAAGGCUCCCAGCUUUGUCCCAACUGGCCCCCAAUGAAAGAAAUCGUCGCCAAGGAUGCGACUUACAAGCAGAAGCAGGCCGACAACUACAACAGGCAUCAUGGAGCUCGAGACUUACCGCCACUCCAAACAGGUCAGCGCGUCUGGGUGCGACCUGAUCAAGUGCAGGCUAGUCCUCAGUCCGGGGCAAAAACCAAGAAGCUACGUGGUCGAAACGGAGCGAGGUGGCACCCUACAGCGCAACCGGCGUCACCUAGUGCCUUUUGGGCCUACUGCCUCCGGAGCGGAACCACCACCACUGCAGCAAGUUCGCUGUCAGGAGCCUCGGCCUGCCAACAUCGUGGAAUCGACGGUCCCCCUCGGACAGUCUGGGCAACAGUCCCCUGCAGCCAGGGACCGCAGUGA